GGAGCCCGACCGUUGCCUGCUCCCCUCCCCCUCCAGCUCCCCUCAGCAGAGCCGCUACCGCCGCCGCCGCCGCCGUUUGGGGCGGGGAAGGGAUUGAUGUGGAGGCCGAGAGCGGCAGCGCCGCCGCCUCCGCCAUGCAGCCCCCGCCGAGGAAGGUGAAAAUCACUCAAGAGCUAAAACUUAUCCAGGCUGAACAGAUGACAAAAAUUCAAGCCAAACAUCAGGCAGAAUGUGACUUACUUGAAGAUAUGAGGAUAUUCAGUCAGAAGAAGGCUGCAAUUGAGAGAGAAUAUGCACAGGGCAUUCAGAAAUUGGCUAGUCAGUACUUAAAGAAAGAGUGGCCUGGAAUAAAAGCUGAGGAUCGACAUGACUUCAGGAGCAUGUAUCCAGUGUGGAAAUCAUUUCUUGAAGGCACAGUGCAAGUGGCUCAAUCCAGACUCAAUAUCUGUGAAAAUUACAAGAACCUAAUUUCUGAACCUGCCAGGGCAGUCAAGUGUUUUAAAGAACAGCAGCUGAAGAAGUGUGUGGACCAGCUGACCAGAAUCCAGGCCGAAUUGCAAGAGACGGUCAAAGAUUUAGCUAAGGGCAAGAAGAAGUACUUCGAAACAGAGCAGAUGGCUCAUGCUGUCCGUGAAAAGGCCGACAUUGAGGCCAAGUCUAAACUUAGUCUUUUUCAGUCAAGGAUAAGCUUACAGAAAGCAAGUGUAAAGUUAAAAGCACGACGGUCUGAGUGUAAUUCCAAAGCUACUCAUGCAAGGAAUGACUACCUUCUCACUUUAGCAGCCGCGAAUGCACACCAAGAUCGCUACUACCAGACAGACUUAGUAAAUAUUAUGAAGGCUCUUGAUGGGAAUGUAUCUGAUCACCUUAAGGAUUAUUUAAUGGCAUUCAGCAGGACUGAAUUAGAAGCAUGCCAAGCUGUACAAAGCACAUUCCAGUUUCUUUUGGAAACUUCCAGUCGGGUAGUGCGAGAUUACAAUUUUCAGCUGUUCUUGCAAGAGAACUCCGUAUUUCAUAAACCGCAGUCCUUCCAGUUCCAGCCUUGUGACAGUGACACCAGUUUUAAUGCCGUUCAGCUGGUGGAUAUUGAGCCUUCACCUGUCAGUGCUCUGAGAAUGACCUUAGUAGAGAGUAGACAACUGGAAUCUGAGACCGGAACGACAGAAGAGCACAGUCUGAACAAGGAAGCCCGGAAAUGGGCGACGCGUGUGGCAAGAGAGCACAAAAACAUUAUUCACAGUCAACGGACUCUGGAAGAAUUAGAAUGCCACGGGUCUGUGGUGUCUGAGCAGAGCCGAGCAGAACUGGAACAGAAGAUAGAUGAAGCCAGAGAGAACAUCCGCAAAGCCGAGAUAAUAAAGCUGAAAGCAGAAGCUCGACUCGACCUUCUGAAGCAGAUUGGGGUUUCAGUGGAUACCUGGCUAAAAAGUGCAAUGAAUCAAGUCAUGGAGGAACUGGAGAAUGAGAGAUGGGCCAGCCUCCCCACGGUGGCCAAUAACGGCUCUUCGCACUUGCUAAAUGUUGACAUGGAAAAGGAAGAAGGGGAAGAGCUAGAAGAUGGCAUGGAUGCUUUCGAUGACAGCAGCUCCAGUCCUUCUGGUACGCUCAGAAACUACCCGUUGACCUGCAAAGUUGUUUACUCGUACAAGGCUUCCCAGCCAGACGAGUUAACCAUUGAGGAACAUGAAGUUUUGGAAGUUAUUGAAGAUGGAGAUAUGGAAGAUUGGGUAAAGGCACGGAAUAAGUCUGGCCACGUGGGCUACGUCCCAGAGAAGUACCUGCAGUUCCCAACUUCCAACAGUCUCCUGAGCAUGUUGCAAUCACUGGCGGCAUUGGACAGUCGUUCUCACACUUCUAGUAAUUCAACGGAAGCCGAGCUGGUCUCAGGGAGCCUCAACGGAGACUCCAGCGUAUGUUUUGUAAAAGCACUUUAUGAUUACGAGGGCCAGACAGACGACGAACUGUCCUUCCCAGAGGGAGCGAUAAUCCGGAUCUUGAACAAAGAAAACCAGGAUGACGAUGGCUUCUGGGAAGGGGAGUUCAACGGAUGUGUCGGGGUCUUCCCAUCCGUACUAGUAGAAGAGCUAACAGCCGCGGAAAAUGGAGAGAUUCAGUGCGUUGUGGAUGCUCAGGUAUCUCCAUCUCCAGCACCCCAGAAUUCUCUGGCGCCACUGCCGCUCUAUGACCAGCCUCCAACCAGUCCUUUCCACAGCCCUGAUAAGAGAAGCUCCCAGUAUUUCCCAAGAUCUCCAACGACAAAUGUUUCAGAAAACAGCUACACUGCAAACUCUCCUGGAUUCUCUCAGCCACCACGACCUCUUCCCGAAAGCACUUCGUAUGGCAAACUGAGACCAGUGCGAGCUGCCCCUCCUCCUCCCACCCAGCAUCGUAGGCCGGCAGAGAAGAUUGAGGAUGUAGAAAUCACCUUGGUGUGACCAGCGGGGACGAAUUGCGCAGUAGUGCUACAAUCAAGGCCAAAUGUUGGCGACGUUUGGUCAGCUCUCAUUCUUGGGCACCUUUGCAUGAUGAUGAUGAUGAUGAUGAUGAUGAUGAUGAUGGAAGAGACUUUUUUUAAAGACGAGAAGCGGGAGGAUUCUCCGGGGACGUUGACGUGGCGGUGGUCCCUUCUUCCCACGGUCAUUAAUAUUUUGUGCCUUUUAAUUUGUCGCUGUUUGGUUCAACUUUAUAUAUCUGCCAUCCUUACUCCUUUAGCACAAAAAAAGCAAGCAGAGGAACGCCUUUGCAGCUGAAAAGCUGGCCGUCUCAGCUUCUGGCGGAGGCUUCUGAGAGCUCCCCUUUCCGUGCCGCUUACAGCCAGUCUACAGAUCGCAGCUUCCCUUGCGGCACCAGUUCUGCAGGUUGACUCUUCCCCGUAACUGCUGCCGCGUGUAGCACCACGAGUUAAGGUCUCCUUCCUCGUCGCAUCGGACACAUUGAGACCUCUCGAUGAGGGAAAUGGGGGGGGGGGAUUUUUAGCGG